CGUUUCUUGAAACUGUUUUCGAUGGGCAUCUUCUCUUCUAGACUCAACCAUAGGCCAUUCACCAUGCCGCUCGGUUUUCAAACGACGAUCAAAGUUUGCGAUUGUUCUGCCAUCUCUUUCCCCCCCGAGGCUGAACAACCGACCGUCUCUUCCCCGGAUACCUUGGAGGCAUUGACGCUUGCGUCGCGCCAUCUAGUCGAACAAAGGGAAUGUGUUGUCUUUCCUACAGAGACCGUUUACGGUCUUGGGGCUCUUGCCCUUGAUGCAGAUGCUGCAUCGAAGAUAUACUCUACGAAGGGUCGACCUGCAGACAACCCCUUGAUCGUCCACAUAUCUUCUCUUUCUAUGCUGCAACGUCUACUUCCUCCACAAUACAACCUGCCGAAGACCUACGAAAUUAUGAUCAAACGAUUCUGGCCCGGGCCGCUCACUCUGUUAUUCCCCUCCGACCCUUCGAAAGUACCGUCAAUCAUCACGGCCGGUCAACCCACGGUCGCCAUCCGCAUGCCAUCGCAUCCUGUUGCUAGGUCGCUCAUUGCCAUCGCUGAUGCACCGCUGGCAGCCCCCAGCGCGAACUCCUCCGGUAAACCCAGCCCCACGCGCGCGGAACAUGUUUAUCGGGACCUGAACGGUAAAGUGGAUAUUAUCCUGGAUGGUGGACCGUGUGACAUCGGUCUCGAGAGCACUGUCGUCGACGGUCUGCAUGAAGAUGGCGCGAUCCGUGUUUUGCGACCAGGCGGUGUCACUGUUGAGGACAUCGAGAACGCGGUUCGAGAAGGACUGCCCGUCAGCGAUCCCGUUCCGCAGGUCCUAGUCCACAAACGUGAUUUCAGUGACGAGGCUAUAGAACAAGCCCCGACUACGCCCGGAAUGAAGUACAGGCACUACUCCCCUUCCGUGGGCGUGACGCUCGUUUCGGCCAAGCCCCAUCCGGCGGAUGCUACCACGGUAGCGGUCGAUACCUUCCUCUCCUCGAUCACAUCCCAGGCAAGCAGUGCCCAUAAAACGCCUUACGUCGGCUUGUUGGCACCGGAGGACUCGCCUCUAGCGCAGCGGCUAAUGCACGAGGAUGCGAUACGGUGGCGAUAUUACCCCCUUGGUCCUUUAUCUAAGCCGGCCGUCUCGGCUCACCGGCUGUUCGAUGGCCUCUUGACCUUGGACAAGGAAGGAGUAGAUUUCAUCGUCGUUGAAGCGCUUAACGAGGAACGGGAGGGUCUGGCGAUCAUGAAUCGUAUCAGAAAAGCCGCCAGCUCCGUCGUCUGCCUAUCGUAGUCUUUAUUGAACGUAGCGAAGCUGCUCACGGUUUGCAUCUUCAUGCAUUGAAGAGACCAGGAGUUAUGUACAGCCAUUCAUGGGCCCCGAUGGGAGCCGCGUGUGCACCUCUGAUGAGCACGGCGUUUCUUCCACUUCGCAUCGUGUUCCGACUUCGGGCCAGCCAUACCAUCCGAUGCCAGUCUUAAUGGCUCAGCAUUUUGGCGCGUCGGUUUCGCGUGAGCACCAGCCAGGAGAUCAGUAUAUCCUUGUUAUAUUGCCAUGUGCCGCGAGAGCCGUACAACCGCAUUUCCCCAGAGUAAGUUCGGUAGCUCAGUCCAUACCAUCAUGUAUAUACCAUUCGAGAAACCUGGUGUUAUGAUGGCGCGUUUCGUAUCUCGGUGGAUAGGCCGUCCUUGGCAGGGAAGAGUUGACGUUUGCAAGCAACAGAUGGGUAAUAGACAGAAGGCGUUCAUGAAUCAAGACUCAUGUCCGCGACGGAGGCGAGACAAGGAUAACACCAUCCCCUCUGACAAACAUCAUAUCCAUUUUCCGUUUUGCAACGUUGACGGUGCCCUUGGCCGCUCCUGCGUCUGUUGACUCAACCAACAUUAUGGUCUCCUCCACGUCACUCAUGAUCAGGUUCAUAUGACCGUCAUAGGCAUGCAGAAUUCCCGUCAACUGCCGAUCACCCCUCAGCUUCACAAAGACACGUUCGCUCAGGGAGAGCCUGAUGAGGUCAAAAGGUUCUUGUAUAGUGCUGGAAGCCAUCGAGAGAUCCGAAAGUGAUGACUGUGUUGCGUUUAUGUACAACCAAGUGUACAACCAAGUUCAGCCGCGUUCGCGUCCAGC